AUGUUUUUUUUGGACUUAUAUGUGAGUGGUAAUGAUCUCAGGAAUCCUUUUGUUUUUUCGAAGUUUUCACAACCUUCUCUUUCUGCAGACUUCAUCUUCAAGAUGUUGUCGGGAACAACACGUGCAGCGCUGAUUUCGUUACAGUAUCGUGCUAUUUCAACGACUCCACUUACAAAAUGCUUUGAUCCAAGGUCUAUUCGUCCAAUCGGUUUUUCUUCACUGUUGAAGAAGAACGAGUCAGUGAACGGUGUAAAUCCGGCAUUUGUGGCUGCAGAAAUGCUGAUAAAACCAAGGAGGACCCAGAAAUCACAAAACAGCUGCACCCGAGUUCACAUGCAUGACAGAAAACCACUGCUAAAGGCUAUCAUCCAAGAUGAACGGAUCGAACCAAAAACAAUGUGA